UCUAAUUGCAUAAAUCAUCUCAUAUAGCUAGCAAGUUUCUAUCUCCACAGCUUCUUACAAAUAUAUUUAGUUCAAUGGAAGAAAGUAGAUUGAAAUUGAGCCACAACAUGAUGAACACAAGAAAAGACACUUCUUCACAAUCAAGUCCUGCUUCACCAUCAUAUAAUAGCACCCGGGAAUGCAGUAAAGGCAAUGAUAUUGGCAAGGGCAAGUUGGUGUUGGAUCCGGAGACACAAGAAAAAAAGGAGAAUGUUAAAGUGGAUGAGUCGUUUGAAGAAGUUACUGGGCGUGAGAAGCUGAAGAGGCACAGGGAAGAGGUGAUGGGUCGAGUUAACAUACCGGAAAAUUGGAGCGAGGAGAAGCAGCUGAAGAAAUGGGUCGACUACACUACGUUUGAUGCAUUAAUUUUGGCUCCACAUAGUUUGAUUGUUGCUGCUCGUGAUGCGCUUAUUGCAGAUGGACGUAAAGCAAGGUCACAAAGAUUAAGGAUCCAUCUAUAGUUGUUAAUUACUUUCAUGCAUUGUUAUUCUUUUCCCAUGGCCUUACUAGCUAUUAUAUAUUUAGUAGGAUUGUAGGAAUAAUGGGUCACCGAAAUACUGAAUUCAAUUCAUGCUUUAAUUUCUCAUUUUGUGAUUGAUAAAUGGAAGAACAAAGGGAAAAUAAUAACAAGCAUACUACAGGAAUUUUGUUUCAAUCUUUUCUAAUAUUAUUGAUUCACACCA